UUAUGUCAUCAUAUCUGUUUUAUCCUCAAUACCUUCAUUUAUGAGACAUAACGACGCUUUUUAUCAAAUUCCUCCAUUUCGUGCAGAAACGCAUCAUUGAACGUAAUUUCAUAAAAAUCGAAGCUAGUAUGCUCGUCAAAGCAAGGAGGAAAAUUGCAGUUUAGUAGAGAAAAAAAAAUAAACUCCUGAUUGAAAAAAAUAAUGCGGAAUCAGUGUAGAAUAAAAAACUGUAACAAUAAUCGUUCAAAAGGAUUUCACUUGUUUAGAUUUCCUCUUCAUCGAAAAGAUCAUUUAAAAAGGUGGCUCGAAGCUAUUGGGGAAGUAGAUUUUCAACCCACUAAAUCUGAUGUGAUUUGUAGCGCACAUUUUACAACUAAUGAUUAUAUGAUCAGGCCAUUUGCACAUGAUGUUCGUUUGAAACGCCUUGCUGUACCUUCCAUAUUUCAAGAUCCUCUAGAAACUACUCCUAUGAUUGCAAAUAUAAUUAAUUCAAAUGCAUCUGCUUCUGAAGUGAUUAUGAGUUUGCCUACAUUGGUCAUACACUCUCAAACUAAAAAAUCCAAGAAUUCAGAAGACGCUGAGACAUAUUGUUUUCAAUCUUUAGAAAAAACAGCUAGUACCAGUACUGUUGACAAUAUAAUUAAGAUAACAUUAGUAAACAAACAGAAAAAAACGAAUAAAUCCAAGUAUUGUUUCAAAAAUCAGAAAAUGGAUUUAAAAAAGAAGCAAAUGCAAAGAUUUAUUACUACAUUGAAGCAAGAUUUGAUAAAGAAUAAAAAAACAAUAGAGCUGCAGCAGAAUUUACUGACAGCACUGGAAAAUUUGGACGAAGACAAUAUUGAUAAUGUUUCUGAAGAAGAUGAACAAAUAGAAUUAUCACCAGUUCAAGCAGUUCAACUUCGUGUUAAAAAUUAUGUGGACAUGGUGAAAGAAUUUUCAGAUGUCGAGUUCAAAAAAGAAUUUCGGAUAUCGCGUGUAGUAUUUACAUACUUGUUAAAUUUAAUAAAACCCAACUUAGAAAAGCCAACCGGAUCUGGACGAUGUCCAAUUAAUCCAUACUUACAAUUAUUAGUGACAUUAUGGACUAUGGCAACACCUGAUUCAUACAGAUCUGUUUGUCAUCGAUUUAAUAUUGGACGAGCAACUGCUUGGCGUGCUCAUAGAAAAGUCUGUGCAGCGAUAUAUUCUUUAGCAGAUAAAUUUAUCAAAUGGCCUAAUAUAGAAGAAGCACAACAAACAUGGACGGAUGUUCAAUACAAACAUAAGUUUCCAAAAGUACUUGGUGCUAUAGAUGGUACACACAUACGUAUACAGAAACCAAAGGAACAUGCAGAAAAUUAUGUAAAUCAAAACGGUCAUUACUCAAUACAUUUGCAAGCUGUAUGUGAUUCUACCUUAAAAUUCAUCCAUUGCUAUGCAGAACAACCGGGAUCUAUGAAUGAUAUGUGUGUAUUCUGGCUAAGUGACAUCCCAUCUAUGUACACAGAAAAAUUUUUUCCACAUGAUAGUCAUCUAAUAGGAGAUGCUGGGUAUGCUCUGCAAAAAUAUGUAAUGGUACCUUAUGAUAACAACGAUAAUGAUAUGUCAGAAGCACAAAUUAAUUUUAAUGAACGUUUAUGUUCGGCUCAUGUAAUGAUUAAAGAAGCCAUCAGUUACCUGAAAGGACGUUUUCGUAGUCUUGAAGAUAAGUUGUAUAUGAAGCGGACGGAUCUCAUACCUGAAUAUAUUAUUGCGUGUUGUGUGCUGCACAAUAUUUGCAUUUUACAUGGAGAUUUUUUAGAUAAUAUUGUAAUUGCUGAAAAAGACAAUAAUCCUACGACGAAAGAUGACAUUGAAACUUUUACUCCAGGUAAAGAAGAAGGCAUUGAAAAAAGAAAUACGCUAACAAAUAUGUUAAAUGAGAGAGUCAAGUUCAAUAUAUUUGACAAUAUUGCAAUUGAACACAGCUAUUCACGACGAUCAGUGCCUUUUUCACUGUGAUAAGCUGUGAGUGGUUUAUCAAUCGCAAUGUUAAACACGUCACAUAGGCAAACGACUCCUACUCAACUCAAAUCUAUGUAGUUUUUUAGUGUUCAGAAGAAAGCACUGCAUCUAUGCAUACAUUUCAAUAUAAUAUAAAUUAUAUUAUAUCAAUACAAUUUAAUAUAAAG